AUGAUACGAGAUCGAUCACAUCUUGCCCUGGAUCCGACUAAAAAGAGAGGGAAAGGACCGACUGCAAAUGAUCUUCUAAGUCCAGUCAACAAGGAGAUGCUCGAUUAUAUCUACUCCUUAAUAUCGCCUGAUCGGAAUAGAAGCAGUAAGUAAAAGAUAUUUUUUGUUAUCUUUCCAUUUUUCUGUCUUUGCGCACUCUUUUGAGGCCUCCUUGGCCUUUUAUUAAUAUGCAAAUGAUCGGGUCGGCUUCAACUUUUAGCCCCUGAUUCUCAGCCGGCGUUGAUUUUUUUUUAUUUUUGGGAACGGCCAAAAAUGGAGAAGAAGAAGAGUGAAGGAGGCCUUGGCCUUUCUGCGUCGUCCAUGAUUCAGAUCUCGUUUACAUGAUCCGAAAUAGGACCGACUCUUUCUUUAAGAGAGAGAAAGAGUACUGUAUGUUUUAAGGUAGUGACAUAAUAAGUCUUUGCUCACUCGAACACUGUCAGAUCGCUCCCUGAGGGUACUAUUGUAUUGCAAAAGCUGCCUUAACUUCCAUUGUGUCCUAAACGGUGAUUCAUUCGGCUGUCGAGAGAAUCGAUUUUGAUUUUGGUUCUCGAGGUUCCCGAUCUCUAAAAUAAAUCGAUUCGGUUAUAAGAUUCCGGGGGAUUAGGUGUGGUUAUGUGUAUUCAAAAACGUCACCAAAUGCGGACGAACAGAGGAUUAAGAGCAUGAAUGUCAGACCCGUUUUGAAUUUCCAUGCCCUAAAAUACGAGAGUAAAUCUUCUCAAAGUUUAUUUUUUCGUAUGCAAAUAAUUUUUUAGUUAUUUGGAAAACCUGUUUAAACGAGCUCAGGGUCCUUUCCCAAUUUUGUAAUCAUCGACUCUCUUUGCGAGGUAGUUCGGGAAACAGUUUUGAAAUAAGAAAUCCGAAAGAAUACGGAAGACGUCAGCGACGUCCGAUUUCGUAACGCUCGUCUACACUUAGUGCUUGCUUUCCUUCCUUUUUGUUUAAUUUUUGUCGUUUUCGCUGAAUUUUUGAUAUUAAAUUCAAAUCUCGAGCGUUCAGAUCAAAAGAUUGCUUCAGGCUCUUUCUAUGUCAAUCACACAAAGAUUUCUUUUUAUUUUACCUGAACUUUUCUUCAGAUCUCGAUCUCCAAAACAGUCUUCAAGCCCUCACCCAGGGCCAAAACGAAAUCCCGGAGACUCCGACCCCCACCCGGAUCAUCUUCCCCAAGGACGUGACCAAGGAUCAGGAGAACUUUGCGGAAGGAUUCCAACGUGAGUAUUCCCAGCUUAAACCGGACUCAUUAAGGGAGAAGAGGAAGGCAUUUCUCUAAUUUCAGAAGCGUUGCAACAACUCCAACAACAGAACAGUUUCGUUCCCACCCCUACGAAUCGCACCAAUCUUCCGUCGAUAUUCAAUCUUCUGGCUGCGAUCACACCCACACUUACUCAAGCACCUUCGUUGAUACCGCCCUCCUCUUCAGUGGACUCUCCGUUGAUUUCAGAGGCCGACACCAAGACCUCUGACGUUACAACUCUAUCCCCAACAGCGGUUGUAACGUCUUCGAUAUCACCUUUGAGCAACGAAUCAGGGGGUUCGUUGAUCAACACCAGCACUUGUUCAUCAACUUCGAGCAGUUCGGGAGUCAAUCUGGCGGAAGUUCAGCGGAAACUCACAGGGACUCAGAAGUAAGUUUGGGACGAAAUUUGGGGAUAAGCACAAACUGCAACAAACAUUUUAUUGUGGUAAGGGAAACCCAAAUUACUUUAUUAGUAUAAUAGUCGUACUGUAGAGAACACGCGUAAACUUACGUGUGGGAUUAUCCACAAAAAAUGUUAAUCCUCUGGAAUCCGCUAACAAAGGACGGUAGAAGAUUGUUUGACGUCGGUUAAUGAGAAUGAAACGGAUUUACAACCGACCAGUUUAUUACGCCGAGAUUAGAGAAGAUAGACUAAAGAGUAAUCUGGACAUGCAGAAGUUGUCCAUUCUAGCAAGGGAAUUCCACACAUAUCCAAGGCCAACUGACAUGUGCUACAUAUCAUUCGAGAGCCCUUGAAAAGUAGCUUUAUGAGCUAGCUUUAAAAAUUGCCGACGGUUUCCUGGAUUAAAGAAAUCUGUCGCUGAACCCCCAAAAAUUGUAUAUCAAAAACUUUCUUUUUUUUUGUUUUACCGGGAUUUUAAGAUACCUGAAUUAUUUUAACUAUUGUAAAUAGCGGCCAUCGUGCAGAAGAUCUUUCGCGUUUUUGGAGACACACACCUAAACUUGCUGCCGAGUUAGGGCACGAUCUCAUUCAACCCAGGCAGUUCUCACACCCUAGUCACCUAAUUUAGCCAUUUUGAGAAGAUCUUGGGCAACGGCGAUGACCUUUCUCAUAUGUCGCGAGCUUUGUCAUGACUUGUCUCCACAACACUUUUUACCUUGAACCUGCAUGACGUGUCCAAGAUUGCCCUUACCGAAAAAAUAUGGGGCUAUGAGAUAUUAUAGGAGAUGGCCCGGGUCUGACAAACCUCAUUGUCAGGCCGGCGGCGCGGCCCGUAACGGUGCCCGCUGACCACCCCUGGCCGGAUCACAUGUGCGGUCGGAAAUAAAUGGAAGGAAUAAGCCUAACAUUAUUUAGAGCCCUACGUCUCCGUAAAAGAAGCUCGUAGGCAAUUUUUGAAAUCAGUUUCUAGAGAACAACUUUUCGAGGGCGCCAAAAUGAUUGAUAGCAGAUCUCAGUUUGACCAUGAAUAGUUUGUGCAAUGCCCGUAAGUAACUUCCAACUAAAUGUCCCCUUUUGCCUGAGAUCGUAAUUUGUCCUUAUAAACUGCAUUCGGAUAAUUUUUAAUUUUGCUUUAAUUUUUGCAAUUUUUCUCGUCCUUAAUAUCUUGUCAAAACCUCACAAUCAUUCUUACUUAAUUGCCUACACUUUGUAUUAAUUAAUGAUUAUAUAAUCGUCUUAUGUUAUCACGGUGACAAUGAGGUUCCUAAUUGAUCCAAUAACAUCGAUCCGGAUAAUCCGCAACGAGUAGGGCUUUUUGGCAUCGAUUGACGUAAAAUGCCUCGGGCCAUGUGAAAGAAAUGUUUUAAAUUCGAUUUGAUAAGUGGGAUUAAGAGCUCUUCUUAAUCCGAGACAUUAGUAUCGUUAUGGGAAAAGAGUGGCCAUAGAAUUAGAGAUCCCGAGCACGUAGAAAUGGUAAUUGGGGAUUAUGGGGGAAUUUCGUUAUUAAUGGGGAUCAAAGUAGGGAUCUUAUAUAAAGGACGGCAGGGAAAUGAAGUCCCCACAAACUCUUUUUGCUAAAACCGCCGUUCUUGAAUAAGAUCUUACCGUUCAAGAAACGCCUUUAACUCUUUAUGGCCCGUGGUUGAGGAUGGUUCUAUUGGUUGUCUUGGAUUUGUUUGAUUACUGUCUUCCAAGACUUUGCUGUUUAUCUGUUCUAUUUCGAAUUCCUUCAAGCAUCUUGUGUUAGGUCAAACAAACAGUCUCCUUGGAUACUGUAGAGCGUUUAGUCAUCGUUUUGCUGCUCGUUGUCAGCCUUUUCUUACAGAGAAAGAGUUUUGGUUUGAUGUCGCAAGUAGUAUAUUUCCUUGCAAAUUAUCGACAAGUUAUUGUCUUUAUCAAUCGCCUUUUUCUAAAUAUUAAACCAGUGUCUUUUUUUAAAGAUUGAUUAAUCAUGUCCGAUUCUUUGCAAGGCUAGGGCUGAAUUUAAAUACGACAUUGGAUACCUUGCAUAUUCUCACUCACUCCAUGACUCAACUGUUACCGUAUUGCUAAUUAAUUUUUUCGUCAUCGUUUGCGUUUUUUGGCCCGCCCUUCUUAGCCUAGCUAAUCUGGCGGUCAUUCCCGGAUUAUUCCAAAUGUUUUAAUCCCAAACCGACAUAUAACACGCGCAUUCUCCUUCUGUGGAAUCUAAAGAAGUGGCUUUAGCUUAUUACUGUGUUCUGAACAGCUGAUUCCGAUGACUUUAUGUAAAGAAUUUCGUUUCUUUUCACCGUCUUAUGACAUUAAGUAAGUAUUUUAAAGGAUUUAGUUUAGCCCAGUUCGAAAAUUCAGCUGGUAUGCAUGAAAAACAUAUUUGGUUCUAAAUAAUAGGCCUACGGUAGAAAAAUUGAAGCACCGAAAAAUAAAUCUUGUGGACAUUUAGAGUCUUUAGAGAGUGAUUGAGUCCUCGGAUGUAUUGUCAAUCACGUCUGUCUUCGUAUACGUUCCUCGAAUGUUUUUUGCGCGUUAACUGAACCUAUGACUCACCCGCUGCAAAUAAAUAAAUUGACUUUUAAAAAGUUUUGCAGACAAAGAGAAAUGAAUUUUGAAGUUUGUAAAAGUUUAUAACAUGAUCGCCUUGGAGCCCGGCGAGCUUUGAUUACAUUCUUUCCAGAUGUGAAUUUCCCCCAAAUCAGAUAUUAUUAUUCAAAUUGGGUUCGGCCAAAAAACUGGGCGCAUCUGCUUCGAAUUUUGAUGCCUCCGAGAUAUUAGGAGACGGGCGUUUUAGAUGUUUUUUGGAGACUUUAAAAGGCCUCAAUCACCCAAUCUUUUUUCUUCUCUUCGAAGUUUUGGCCAGAUCCUCAAGUUGUUUUUGUAAUUUUUCUACCUUUCCUUAAAGUUAUGUUUUUUCCUGAGGCGAUUACAACGAUCAGUCUUUUACGCGGCCGUUCUAUUUGGAAGGCCACGUAAGGAGUUGAUGUGGCAUUACUCUAGUCUUUUAAGACGUUUUGUAACGCUACCUUUCACCCCCUUUUCAAAAAAACACACGUAAGACCUGAGGAAGCCCACAUCAAACCUUAUAUGCAAACCAUAUUACUCUCAUCCAAAUUAUAUACGUCAUUCAAGGAAAAACUGAUAUCCUGGAAAUUUUGGGUUGCUGGAGAAUCCCCCUGAACAUCGGCCAAUUGCUUCAGCCAAGUAUUUUCUAGUUCCUCAUGUGUUACCAUCAACAUGAUCGUAUAGGUCAGAGUUGACACAAUACCAGGUGAACACUUGGCUUAAACUUGUUUUGUUUAGCCGGGCCAGAAUGAUAUAUGUAGAUAUAAUUGAGCCCAAGCGCGGCCCAACCCGUUUCAAAGUUUCUCAGGCCCGGUGGCACCCCUGUUUUUUGUAAGAAGAAUAUAAAUUGGCGUGAAUUCUUCCUUUCUCGCAAACCCUGACUUGAGAUCUUUUUUCGAAUCGUUUUUCUUUGUCGAUCGCCUAAUGGAUGUCUCCAACUCUCCGCCCCUUAAGUUGCGUUUCUUUGGGACCUUCUUUUUGUCGCCAAUACUUCUAAUUCGAAUUUCAAGUAGUCCUCGGAUAUUGUUGUAGAGAUAAUCUUCUGCGUAUUCUCCGGAGGAUUUGGGAGAUUCAUUAUGAAUUUUGCGUUAAUUCCGAGGAACGGAUUUAUGUGAGCAAGGAGCGGCUUUUCUGCACAUCAAGCACGAGAAGUGCUGAAAGUUCCUUGAUGGCGCCAUUAGAUAUUGUUCUCGCCUGGGUAUUGCGUAAUGCCUCAGGUGUUUAUGACACGGUAUCUUCGAUUUCCUGUCUAACAAUGCUAGAUCACUUAUAAACCAAUCGUUUGUAGAAUACUUUUAGUUUUGAACUUCUUAUCAGCGGGAGUACUGUACCCCCUACAAGACCCGAAAUCAAAUAAAAACUUUGCUAAGCCAGGAAAAUUGAGUCAUCGUUUUCAAAGAGAGCAUUUUGUGCAUUGCCUUAGGAAGUUUUUCCUUGAUUGGGGGAAUUUAUUUAUAUUGUAGUAGAUUUAGUGAGCCCGGAGAAGGCAAUGGGCCUUGAAAGGACGCCCAUUCCCUCUUAUGGACAUUGGUAUGGGGAUCUUUUGUAGGAAUCUCGGUUUUUGUAAUGUGCUAAUGUUAAUCGAAUUUUUCGCAGUUAAAGGUUAGACUUUUUAUUCAAAAAAGCUUUGUAACUUUGCUUUGGUCGCAAUUUUUUGGUAGAGAUCUAACAUUGUAAUAUGAACUCUAUCAACCUUAGUCUAGUGACAUUAUUUUGUAUUAAGAGAUUAAAUUUACUGAUUUGAUUUGAAUGAUGACCUGUUUUCAAUGUCCUUCUAACUAUAACAGUACACUCGUUCGGCCUUUGUUUUAGAUACCGCCAAAUUAAUCUUGGAAUUUAGCGAGCUUAUCAAAUCGUAAUCAGCAGAGAUGUUUGUCUUUUCACAGGUCGAAUGUAUAUUGGCUUUUAUAAAAACAUGUCCCUUCACUGGAUCAAAGAGAAAAUGCCGCCUCUUUUGUCUGCUAUAACGCAACAUUUAGCCGGUCGUCAGCGUGUCGGAUCGUGUUGAUAAUUUAAAUUUAAAUACGGAAGAUUUUAGUCUAGGUUUAGCUCCAAAUCCGUUCACUCUUUCGCCUCAGACCCCACCCCCUUUUUCUCUAUGGAUCUGAUGGUUGCGCACUUUAACUCGCAUAAUCACCGUCACUAUUAUUCAUCGACCCCCACGUGGAGUGGAGGGGAACAAACGGUCCAGCAGCCCCUCCCAAGCCAAGAGCAAUUCAGUCCAACCUUUCUGCCAGACGAUCCCAGGCCCAUGGAGAAAGGCCGAGGUCAGGAGAGCUUCGACUUCGAGUGGGACAGCGACAGUCAAAAGUACGGUCUUUCAGCUUAUUCCUCCCAUGUUUAGGUGUCUUAUCUUCUUUUAUCAAUGCCAAAACUGAUUUGCAACGUCACCUAUCUUCAGUUUAUUUCAAACUUUAAAAACAUGUCCGAUGAGUCAUUACUUAUCACCCACUUCCGCCUUCUUGUCUUCUUAUCUAGUAUAACACACCUUGGCCUCAGAGUAGGUUAUUUGUUCUGAUAUUAAACGGAUAAUAGAACGACUAACCUGAGCAAACAAAGAUGAGUCAUUUGAUCGAGUAAAGUAUUCGCACCCUACGCGAAUUCUUUUUGCGAGACAUAACUAGUUCUGGAGAGCGCUGAGAGAAAGAAAUGACGAAAUCGUAGAUAGAGGAUACUGUAUGUUAGCCGAACAAGUGUUAAUGGUGCAUACCGUGUAACCUGAACAAUGCUUCGUUUAAUGAUAUUUUUUACUGAAAAAAGUUGCGGCAUUAUUUAGUCGUCAUAAAAAUAGGGAUUUUGGAAUAUGCAAGUGCAAACUCUUAACAUGUUUGUUUCAGUUACAUGGAUAUUUUUCAACAAAGUGAUCUGAGUGGAUUCAGUAACUUUAUUGGCCACCAUCCCAACAAUCUGAUCCCUGCCAACCAUCUCCCACCACAAUCCCAUCCUCAGGUUCCAGUUUCCCAGCAUCCUCAAUCUAAUGGGUACCCUAUGUCCACAUCAACUUCCCAGACCAAAUCUGACCCUCAACUCUCUGUGGCCGUCUCAACUCUUGCCGCGGCAGCAGCAAUGAACAGUUAUGGUGGUCAUGUUCAUCAAAGUCCCAUCCCCCAACAAAGACAUCAAGCAGGAGGACCUCAACGGCAUCUGAAUGGGGUCCCUUCAACCUCAAAUGAACUCAUGGGAUUUGGACAGAGUGAAGGGUGAGGAUUUCCGUCGUAUUCUAAACUUUGAGAGGAACCAAGAAUAAUUAAAGCAAACACUUUCCAAGUAGUUUAAAAGGCUAGAUCCCCACAAUACCUUGUUUAACAACUUGAUUCAUAUUUUUUCGCUGGAUAUGACUCAGAAUCAUGAUUACGUCACCCUACACCGUUUUCUUCCCCGAUUCAGGGAUUCGAACGAGAAGAGGAAAGAGCGAGGUUCCCGCGAUAUUACUCAUGCAGUUGUUCAGGGUGCAGCUCUUUUCUUAACUCCGGUCAUUUUAAAAGAUUUUCUUGUAUUAGGGCAGAGGUUGUCUUCGGGUCAAAUAAGUGUUAUUAGUUAUGGGCGUCAGACGGUAUGGAUUGUAGGUUUUAACUAAAAAAAGAUUAAAACCCUUGUUUCUUUUUCUUACAUUAGAUUUGUCUUUUUAGUCUUGAUUUGGAAGAACAAGAACGUCGAAAACUGGAAAGAAAAAGAGCCCGAAACCGCAUGGCCGCUUCCAAAUGCCGUCAACGGAAACUGGAACGUAUUCAAGAAUUAGAACUGCAAUUACAAGCCGAACGGGAAAAGAAUGUGCAUCUACUCACCCGGUCCGAGUUCAUGAGGAAUCGAGUAGAUGACCUCACCAAACUUGUUGAACAACACCGGCAGAAUGGAUGUGCCUUUGAACUGCCACAUUGGUACAGAAGUCCUCCACUUCAGCAUGACAUGAACAUGUAG